CCGGUCACCGCAUUUUCCUUCCUGCAGUCAACCUAAAAAGGAAAAGAAGUCAGUCCAACGAUGGUAGUUACCGCGAUGUCUGAAGAAGGUGUACAGAUCCAAAAAGGAUUAUUCGAGUGGUGGAGUGAAGAGAGUGAGUAUCUCCUCCAGAGGAUAGAGCGAUGGGCAGCCCUGGCACGUGGUUACAAUCGCCUCAGGUCCCACAAGUUCUCGAGGGGUCGACUGACCUUCGGAGAAGUGUUGGAUGACGACGAGGAUCGAUACAUCCCCGCGGAAUUUGAGUCGCUGAGACGCUCCGAGAGGAUGAAGACUAGAUCUCCGGACGAAUCGAGGCGAAUCAACUGUUGCGGGACCUUUAAUUACCAGUCCAACAGUAAAUUGGAUAGUACGUGCUUGGAGACUUAUCGGUACGACCACAGUAUCUACUUCAAGACCAUUGGAGACAUCAGGAGAAGCAAGAGUCGAGAAAAUGUCGGGUGUAAACAAGAUGGCGAUCGGUGCUCGGAUGACGAGAAGGUCGAGUGGGACGUGCGAGUGGUGAAUAAUUCAGUGGCCUCGAGGGGUUUCGCCACCGACCGACAGAUGGUGGUGAUGCCCAACGGCCAAGUUCGUUGGGACUAUCUGGACCAACAUUCUUCGGAGGAUGGGGACAAUAAUAAGAACGUCUGGCCCGUUGUUGAUCUCAGCAAGUUAGAGACGGGGGAAAAUUGUCUCGACGUUAACCGAAAGGUUAUCGAUUACGAAGACGAUCGCGAGGAUCAGAGGAACAAUAAUGCCCCGACCUCCGUAAGUAGAAGCAAAUCGUCAGUGGAAUUGAAACCUCAGCAGACCAUGACGAGGAUUCUGAAUUUUAGGACGAAACGAUCGCCGAAGGUUGUCCAACGACCGAUGGUCUGUGGGGAGGGUAAUGUCUCCUGGCCCGGGGUCCUCCUCACUUAUACGUCGAGCUAUGUUGAUCCUGCAGUUGCGUCUUCACAUAAUCGAGUUGUAAAAGUUAAAUAAUUCGUCGUUAUCCUCAAGUGGUAAAUUUUAGAUGUAUCAUUUCAGUCAUUAAUUAUCGAAAUAUCUCGAAAGGGGGUGGGUGGAGGAGAACACACUGUAGAACCUUUUUUGUAGAUGACAAAUUUUACUACAAAAAAGGCCUGUGAUGUUUUUUCCUAGCACCAUCCCUUACUGAGAUAAUCGCACGUCAUCGUUCAAAUCUACUUUUAUAUUUCAAUUAAUUAACUAAUAAUUCGUUUAUUGAUAUACUCUGGAUCGAUCCUCAUUAUGAAUCCAUACCUGACGUCAGAUAAUCACAAUUAUCUAAUAGCAAUGUAUUCCACUUUGUGAAAACCAUUAUAAAACUGAUAAAUUCUCA